UCCCGGCCUUGGAUGAAUGUGUGACAUGCUGUGUGUGAGAAUCCGAGCAUUAUCCUCGUUUUCGUUCACUUUUCUUGUGCAACUUAUUUCAAAAUUUAAUUCUUGUUUUACUAUUUGGUUAUUUCAGGGUUUAAAAUAUAGAUCAGUAAUGAGUGACAGAGUUUCACAAUUAGGGAAUUUUCUUUCUAUAAGACUAUGAAAAUAUGGAAUGCCAGAAGAACAAAAGUUCCACGUUUCUCUCUAUUGCUACUUCAUCGUUGUAAUGAAGACAGCAGUAUGCAAAUAAAUCGGUUGAACAUAUUGCUGGCGGCCCAUGUUGACCACAGAUGCUUUAUAAAGCAAAUUUGGCAACCAGUAAUGGCAAAAAUAAACUUGUUUUGUUGCAAUAGUCACGAUAUUCGUCUUUAUUAUUCUAUGGGACCCAGGACCCACCUGCUGACACAAUGAUAAGCUUAUUAAAUAAUACAUCACCUAACAUCCAAUCAAAGUAUCUAAUUAUAACCCUGUUGUUGUUAUGGUGAUAUGUGUAUUAUUAACCACGUUUUUUGUUGUGUAUAAGUUGAAGGUUGACUAUGAGAAAAGACUAAAAAGUCCAAGAGAUUGAGUUUUAUUACUGGCUGUGCUUCACGAUGUCUGCUACAACAAUGCUUUCCAGCCAUUCUAUGACUCCAUUAGUUACCCAGAGAUUAGAAAAAGAUGCGUUAAAUAAUCUCACAGACCGUUUUGCAGCUUAUUUAUCACGCGUAAGACAGAUGAGAGAACAGAGCAUUCACAUGGAUAAUAUAAAUUUUGUUAACUCUACGAAAAUCUUGGAAGAUGAAGUUAUUUCUUUGAAAGCAAUGUACGAGCGUCAGUUAGAAAAACUGAGGAAUCAGUUGGAAGAUACUGGACGAGAAAGAAGUUCGUAUCAAAUGAUGGCAGCAAAAAAUGCUGCUCAGUUAGCUGAUGUUAACCAAAGACUCUCAGAAGAACGAAACUUGCGUAAUAAGGCGGAAAAUGAGCUUGCCGACGCCUAUCGCAGUUUGGCAGAGAAAGAAGUUCAGCUUCAAGAAGCAAGAGUCACAACAACACAGCAAAUGAACUCACAUGAAGAUACAAAACGUGAUCGACAUAAUGUCGCUAAUAAUUUGAUAAAAACACAACAUGAUUUAGACAAUGAAAGUGCUGCAAGAGCUAACUUGGAGGCAACCGUUCAAAGUUUGAGAGAUAAACUUAAGUUUGAUUCGGAGGUUCAUCAGAAGGAGUUGCAAGACUACCGUUAUCGUUUGGCUGAGUUGGAAAGAGCAUUGCUCCUUGCUGAUGAGAGAUUGCAUGAACACAAUAUCGUUGAUGAAAAUCUUUCGUCCAUGUUGGCUCAGCUCAAGCUUCGUUCUGAUGAACAGUUGAGAAGAUAUAAACACGAGUCUGAGUGUUCCUAUCAAUCACAUAUGACUCAAAUGCAGACACAGUUGGACAAUGAAACUCGAAAUUUUACCGAGGCAAUUGAAGAAAAUAUUAAACUGAAAGCUGCCUUAGAACAAUUGAAUACAAAAUGUAUCGGUCUGGAAUCUAAGUGUCAAACUUUGGAUGGUCAAAAUCGAGGCUUAAUUCAAGAUCUUGAAAUGGAACGUCAGCAAGCAGCAAACACAAUUAAAAGUCUUGAAGCGAAGUUAAGAGAAGUGCAACAAACAUUGAUGGCGAAGAUAAGAGAGCUGGGUUUAGCCUACAGUAUGCAUACUCCAAUCGACCUUGAACUUGGAUCACUUACUGCCCUACUGGAGGCGGAAGAAAAAAGGCUUUCAUUGUCUUUAUCCAACAAAGUUCCUCUGAAAUCCUACCGUUCAACCAUUUUACCAUCUUCGCUGUCACCAAAGCCAGUCGUUACCAGUACUUUGACAAGAAAUGCCACUAGUCUCCCGGAUGUUCACAUGGCCAAAGAAACAAAAGUGAAACAGAAACUGAGGCCAAAAACAUCUCCAGGAAACUUUUCAUCCACAACAGCUUCUCUUGUUCGACCAAUCACUACGUCUUUCCCUUUGUCUUCCAGUAUGUCGUACAUUCCAAACUAUGUUGAUUACUAUUCUCCGACCUCCAGUCAUACUGGCCACGUAAAAAUCUUAGAAGUGAAUCCUUCAGGGAAAUAUGUUCGUCUGUUUAACAGUUCAACAUUUCAAGAUGAAGAAAUUGGUGGCUUUAUGAUUCAACAAAAUAUUUCUGGAAGUCCAGUGACAGUCUUCAGAUUUCCACCACGAACUAAACUCAAAGCAAACUCGCAUGUAACGGUGUGGUCAGCGGUAAGCUUGGUACCUCACAAUCCUCCGUCCGAUUUCUUGUGGAAAGAUCAACAUAAAUGGGGAACUGGACCAGAAUGUACCACGAUUCUUUGCAAACCAAAUGGGCAGGCUGUUGCGUGGACGACGGCCGCGUUUCCAUUCGGGAUUCCUAAACCAGUUUCCAGCCGUGAAGAGGAAGGAGAGAGUCUACAGUAUGAUGACCUGAAUAGAAGUUUAUUGAAACCUGGUAGUAGUGAAACUCUACCAUACUCGCUACCAACUGAUCAUUCCCUACAUCCUAAUGCUGGUCAAUCACGUGUGACAAUCGCAGGGAAUGAUGGGAUGAUAUCGAAUGCCCAGUCAAGAUCACAAUCCAGAUGUCCUGACAAAAACGCGAACUCGUCAAAGCAAACCUCUUCUUCACCAAUAUCUAAGGCCGGAACAAGCAAAAACGGUGGAACUAUUCGCGUUGUCCCUUCGUCUUCGACGAAUUUUAGUUCUCCGUCUCAAAGAUUCAGUCAUGGGUUAGCUGCUCUUAACUCACAACAAAGAGUGUCUUUUAAAGGACCGAUGCCAAGGCCAUACACCUCAAGAAAAAUGUAAAUUAAGACCCUCACCUUUAUACGAUAUCCGCGAAUACCCGCGAAAAUGAGAUAAUCCAUGUAAUUGAUGUAAAGACUACCGUCCUCUCAGAGGUUUUUUGUGUAAAGGUAGAUUUACGAAUUGUUUCAUUAUUCUUCCUAAUUAAACUGUGUAUACAUAUAGCA